AGUAGCAGGAUGCCCUAAGCUCAUGGAUUCCUAUGGAAAGCUGAAGGGAUUUUAGAAAAAUAUCUUUCACCAGUUGCGUGUGAUUCAUGAAAACACAGACAAGUAUGUGGACCUGGGGGCUGUUUUCCACCUUUGGAGCUUCAAAGCGUCAAAUUCUGUACCAUUGUUUUCGUCAUUUAAUCAGAUUUUUUGGGACUAAGAAACACAUUUUAGGAGUCCAACCUCGAGAGGCGGCCGCCCGAGGGCGGUGGAUCGGACGCCCCACCAAUCACAGCGCAGCCCCGGCUUAUAUAAGCCCGAGCCGGAGCCAGGCAGUACUGCGAACUCUCUCUUUGGAUUUUGAAUCUCUUUCUUUGGCAGCUACUCCUAUUGCCAUGUCGGAAACCGCUCCUGCUGAAACGGCCGCUCCGGCGCCGGUGGAGAAGGCUCCCGCCAAGAAGAAGGCGGCCAAGAAGGCGGCGGGCGGGGCCGCCAAGCGCAAGGCGUCCGGGCCCCCGGUGUCCGAGCUCAUCACCAAGGCCGUGGCUGCCUCCAAGGAGCGCAGCGGCGUGUCGCUGGCCGCGCUCAAGAAGGCGCUGGCGGCCGCCGGCUACGACGUGGACAAGAACAACAGCCGCAUCAAGCUGGGCCUCAAGACCCUGGUGAGCAAGGGCACCCUGGUGCAGACCAAGGGCACAGGCGCCUCGGGCUCCUUCAAGCUCAACAAGAAGGCGGCCUCUGGGGAGGCCAAGCCCAAGCCCAAGAAGGCGGGCGCCGCCAAGCUCAGGAAGCCUGCGGGGUCCACCCCCAAGAAGCCCAAGAAGGCUGCGGGGGCGAAGAAAGCCGUGAAGAAGACUCCUAAGAAAGUGAAGAAGCCCGCUUCCGCCGGCGUCAAGAAGGUGGCCAAGAGCCCCAAGAAGGCCAAGGCUGCCGCCAAGCCCAAGAAGGCGGCCAAGAGCCCGGCCAAGCCCAAGGCGGUGAAGCCCAAGGCGGCCAAACCGAAAGCCGCCAAGCCCAAGGCUGCCAAGCCUAAAGCCGCCAAGGCCAAGAAGGCGGCUCCGAAAAAGAAGUAG